GAGACAGUAUGCCCGCGUUUUGCAAACCGUCACGACAGCGAAUAGCUGCUGCGAGCCGCCCGUUCAGCUCCGUCAGCUGCGUGUAGACAGAAACUCGCCAACAAAGAGGAGGACCAGCGCAGCCAGCGGUGCGGUUCAUCUCUAACAGACAACCGGGGGCAGUUCGAGGGAUAUAGAUCUGAAAAGUGCCAUAGUUCACGUUCAACAUGAAGAAAAGCCAUUUGGUCAAAAGGGGACUUCAAGAUGCCAACCAGCUGUCAUCGCAGCCGGACAAAGUAGGCUGGAUCCGCAAGUUCUGUGGCAAAGGCAUUUUCAGGGAGAUAUGGAGAAAUCGCUUUGUGAUGCUGAAAGGGGACCACCUGUAUAUUUUUGAAAAAGAGAUGAAGAAUGAUGGGAAGACACAUGAGGUGUUUGAUCUGGCUGAGUAUGAGCGCUCAGAGGAGGUGCGCAAAGCCAAGAGCCACAGCAAGAAGAACCUCAGCAAGUUCACCCUCCUGCGUUGCCGCCAGUCCGCAACUCGGACGCCCAAUCUCGUGUUUUUGGCUGUUAGUCCGGAAGAGAAGGAGUCUUGGAUCAAUGUUCUGAACACAGCUAUUAUCAGAGCCAAGAACCGUGUUCUAGAUGAGGUCACAAUUGAGGAGGAAAGCCUGUUGGCUCACCCGACACGUGAUCGUGCCAAGAUCCCACUUGGGCGCCGCCUGCCCACGCGGGGUCAUCUUAUGGCUGUGGCCUCCACUUCUUCAGAUGGGAUGCUAACUCUGGACCUGGUGCAUGAGGAGGAUGCUAGCAUGCUGGAGGAGGAUUAUGCAGUGUGGGUAAAGGACCAUCGGGGUAACCUAGAUGUUCUGGCUCCUGGGCGGAAGCGCGCUGGCACAGAUGCCUCCAGGCCUCGAGUGACCCCUGUCGAGGCCAGGGUGAAGACCAGCAGCCUGCCCCGUGGGAGUGAGCUUUCAUGGAGCCACCAAAGCCAGACUCAUACUCCUCAACCUGGCAAGAAGAUGUUAGCUCAGGGUAGAAGUCGCUGCGGCUCCAUGGAUGACGCUCUGUCCCGUGGAGAACGGAGGCCCAUCAAGAGGGACGGUUUCAGUCACCAGGCCACAUUAGCCCAGAGUCCAACGAGCCACCUGCAGGACCUCAUCAACCAGCGGCUACAGAGGACCCAGGAGCUAUUGGCCAAGGUUCAGGAGCAGGAGCCGCACAGGGGCCGAAUGGGCUCCUACACCCAUUUGAGGGGCAUUGAUUCCCCAAGGCUGCGACACUUAAAGGGCUCAGAGUCGCCUCACUCCAAAAGCUCCAGCUCUCACAGCUCAACUCACGGCAAAAGUGUAGAAUCUUCUCCUCAACUCAAGGCCAAGGAUUCACCAGGCUCAAAGACAAAGGACUCUCCUCGUGUCAAAGCAAAAGAUUCUCCUAGUUUGAAGUCCUCAAAGUCCCCUCACUCCAAGACCAACUUCCGCUCGAAAAGCAUCGACUCGCCUGAUUCAAAGGGUUCCAACUCCCCUCGUAUGAAAUGCAUCGACCUGACCCGUAUCAAGAGUUCAGACUCACCUCUUUCUGCUGGCUCCAUUUCACCCCAUUUAAAGGGUGUAGACUCGCCCAAUUUGUGGCUUACAAGUUCACCCCAUUUUAAAGGGCCAAAGGGCACAGACUCCCCUCUCAGUGAGGCACUGGACUGGGAAAGCAGGAGGGCAGCAGCUGAACGUCUGCUACAAGAAGCUAUCUCUUCCUGGGAGGAAGCAAGGGAGGUACUAGCUGAGGUAAAGGAGCUGCAGGCCAGACAGCAGCAGGCAGAGCAGAGCAAGACUGCAGCUCCCUCCACACCCUCAAAGGUCGACAAGCAUGAAAGCCUCUGAUGCCCCAAUAGCCAGUCACAGUGCUUUAUAUGACUCAUAGGCCUAUUCCCAUCAAAUGAUGUGAGACAGCACAAUAAAUACAUGAAAUGCACUGGGAACUUUUUUGUAACUAUUUUCUCCAGUAAAUUUUCUCGCACUACAUUAUUCAUUGGCACUCCAACACCCCAGUCCUUUAUCUUUGCCCUGUAAAUUACUGUCAUUUUACUGCAACUUGUCCCCUCUCCCAGCUAAUGUAAAGGUGCACUUUUUUGCUAUUGUUAACAGAAGAUUGAAUUUUUUGUUAUACCACCCUCAGUGGACCUCACAGGUUUGUGGCAUACUUUUCACAGUUGCCCUCAAGCAUAAAUCUGUUUCGAGGAGUGUGUGAUGAGUUUUCUGUGCUACAUAGAGCAGUGGGUUUCAGUUCUAGGUCAGGUUUGUCCAUGACCCAGACACACACAAACCCUGUGGUGUUGUUGUCAUGCCCUCAUGGGCCAUUUGACCAUAAUGUGAAUUUCAUUAUAAGCUUUUUACAGUAUUACAGAAAUGAACAUGUACAUACUUUGAAAAUAAAAUGAUAAAUUAUCUUGAUCAAAGAGCUUUUCAUUUAUAGAGAAUAUUACAUGUUUUUAUCAGUUAUUGCAGUCAUGCAAAAACCUUAUGUCUCCAUUUUUGUCUUUUUUUUUUGGUACU